AUGAGUGACAUAUCAGACCUUAUCAAAAGAUUCCAAUAUCAUCGGCUUUUAAAGUCCGACCCUCAAACCAAGUCAAUUGCCCUCUUAGGUAGCAUUCAUGGAAAAGACGCUAUCAUCACGUUGGAGAAGACUCAUUUCCUCAUCCCAGAGUCAGGUGACAUAGACUUACAAACCGUUGUACAAGAAGUUGAAGUAAUUCAAAACAAUGAUAUUUAUUAUUGGUCUAAAGCCAAGUUGAACCAAUCACUAAGCCAAUUUCCUGGAGGUAAAUUAAACUUGAUAUACCCUGCGACUGAAAUACAUAUAAAGAAAUAUGGUGUGCAAAAGUACCAUUAUAUCAAAGAGUCUCCCGAGGUAUAUAAUCAAUAUGUGGUGCCCUAUAUCAAUACUAUGAAAGGUGAUAGAAUAAAGUGGGUUUACAACAUUCUAUUUGAAGGGAAGGAAUCAGAGUCAUUCAUACAUCAUGAUAAAGAUCCACUUAAUGGGUUUGUACUUUUACCAGACAUGAAAUGGGACGGUAUGAAUCUUGAUGCGUUGUAUCUCUGUUGUAUAGUCAACAGGAAAGAUAUUCUGUCUGUUAGAGAUUUAAAUGGUAGUCACCUUGAGUUUUUAACUCGUCUUCAAAGUCAACUAAGAACAAUAACUUGUGAGCAUUAUCCAGGUAUUGAUAAAGAUGAACUAAGAAUCUUCAUUCAUUACCAACCUUCAUAUUAUCACUUUCAUAUCCAUGUCGUCACCACCAAACACAGUGGCUUAGGUGAUGGUAUAAAUAUCGGUAAGGCCAUUCUAUUGGAUGAUAUCAUUGAAAACAUAAAGUUAAUGUCUGACUAUUAUCAUAAAAGAACACUUGGUUAUGUUAUUGGUGAGAACCAUGAUCUUUGGAAACUUGAAGGGUUUAAAAACCAAACAAAGCCUUAA